CUUUCUUUUUUCUCGUCACGGCCACUUGUUUGUACACUCCCUUCGAGUCCUCGCUCCUCGCAUCAUGGCAUUUGUACUCCGUUAGUGGUCCAGCUCUUGCGCUCCUACGCAACACCCCCCGUUCCGCGGCCGACAUACGAUACAAGUACGAUGGGCAACCUCGGAGACCUGUCGCCGCAGGGCAGUAUUGCGGUCGGAGUGAUCGUGGGCCUAGUCUCGACUAGCCUACAAGCCAUCGGACUUACACUCCAACGCAAGUCCCACCUCCUCGAAGACGAGAAGCCGAUCUAUGAGGGCCGCCGACCUCCCUACAAGCGUCGGCGAUGGCAGCUGGGCAUGGGCAUGUUUGUGAUCUCCAACAUUGUAGGAAGCACGAUUCAGAUCACCACGUUGCCUCUACCAGUUCUCUCCACACUCCAAGCGUCCGGACUAGUCUUCAAUACGAUAUUCGCUACUCUUAUCCUCGGCGAGCCCUUCACCCGCUAUUCGUUUGCGGGUACUGUUCUCGUCUGCAUUGGCGCCAUAUUAAUUGCGACCUUCGGUGCCAUCGGGGAGCCGGCGCAUACCUUGACUCAGCUAUUAAAGCUCCUGAUGCGACGUCCUUUCCUCAUAUGGAUGGCCAUGACCUUGGUCGUCGUGGGACUGAUUCUUGUUGGUUCAAAACUGUCGAGAUAUUGCAUAACGGGGUCGCGGGCGAAACCUACUGCGUCGGGAGUGUUAACACCGCAUGUGCAACGUCUUCAAGGUCGGGUCAAGCUCUUCCGGGGUAUGUGCUAUGGAGCUGUCAGUGGAAUCCUGUCGGCCCAUUCGCUGCUGCUUGCCAAAUCUGCGGUGGAGCUGCUGGUGCGCACGGUGGUAGACCGUGUAAACCAGUUUAACCGCUGGCAGUCGUGGUUGAUCCUACUGGGCAUGAUCGCCCUGGCUCUUACACAGCUCUUCUACUUGCAUCGAGGUCUUAAACUCUGCAGUACAAGUGUGCUAUACCCGUUUGUGUUUUGCAUCUACAACAUCAUCGCUAUUCUCGAUGGCCUGAUCUACUUCCGGCAAGCCUCUCAACUGGCGGGUUUCCACGCAGGCCUGAUCGCAUUAGGGACGACCAUUCUUCUUGGGGGGGUCCUUUGCCUCUCAUGGCGCCUUGAGGAUAUCGACAAUACUACUGCCGUCACUGUCGCGGGUCCCACGCAGACCGGGAUCGGACCAGGCAUGUCAGUUGUCGAGGAACACACCACCUUGUCACCUGGGCUGCUGGACGGUCUGGAGGAUGAGGAAUCGCAUAUCGGAGAACGAGAGCCGUUACUCCAUGGGACUACUCGCCCGCGACACCUUUCCUUCUACCAAAGGGCCCGAGCACCCAGUCUCCCGCUCAUACCACCUAUGGAUCGACAUGAAGCUGCCGAUCUCAACGCAGCCUCCAUUUGGGCCGAACUCGACGAUUCAGACUACGAAGCAGCAGGGCCCAAAUGGCGCUCUUCUAUCGAACGACCUCGUAGCUCUAGCGGUGGUCCAGCUUUGAAUGGUACGAUACGCGGCCUCUCGCGGAACUCGACCAUCAGCGCGAUACCGUAUCAUCGCCCAUGGGGAUCUCGUCGUCCUGGUCCCUCUAUACAAGGUGGGCAGCGACGCUCGUCCGCCCCAUUGGCAGGAUUGAUGGGUGCCCAACGCCGGUGGCGUAGUCCCUGGGGUUCUAUGACUGCCUCGCCGGUAUCGCAGGGAGUCACCGGAUACGGUACCAUCCAAGAAGAUGAGGAUGCUCCUCGUGGUCGGGACGUAUCACCUACACCUCAGCCGAGGACAACACCACUCAAUCUUCUCGCGGGUUCGAGGAGGACGUUAGCGGGUGCCUGGCGGAAUGGACGACAGUAUCUCUCUCGAUGGACUAACCCGCGGGCGGGUAGUCAAGAUCACACCCAUGCCAGUGCCAAUGCCCGAGACGGGGCCACAUCUCCAUUGCUACCACGAUUUGAAGCCGGAGGUCCAGACGACCAGGGGCCCAAGCAAGCAUCCGGCACGCCGUCAUCACUGUAAAGACCUGAUCUCAAUUUCCCUCACCUAUACAUUCCGCCAUCUCUGCACCCACCUACUCUCGCCAUCCGUGACCUCGAUAUAUACCCAGAAGACUCGUGCUUCGCUUUUUGUUUGCUGCCUUUGACCUUGUACAGUAGGGACACGUUCCCCACCCAGCAGCGGAAGAGGAGAUGUGUGUUCCAACCACUUUCCCUUCCCACCCAUCAACUCAUCCGAUGUAAGGAUAAGCGGAAGCUGACCUUUCCGGUUACUAAAAAUACCGAGGUUGAAUACAAGUCC